CUAGAAGAAGGUAGGCGAAGAGCAAGGCGUUAAGGCAACAUAGAGCUAAGUAAAGGCUGCGGAAAUGAAGACUCUUCCAGUUCUAUUGUUGCUGUGCAUGGCAACGUGCUCAGCCUAUCCGUUGGACAGAGCUGCAGGGGAUGAGGAGGACAACAUGGACCUUGUUCAGGAAUACCUAGAAAACUACUACAACCUUGGAAAAGAAACGAAACAGUUUGUUAGAAGAAAGGACAGCGGUCCUAUUGUUAAAAAAAUUCAAGAAAUGCAGAAGUUCCUGGGGUUGGAGGUGACAGGGAAGCUGGACUCCGACACUGUGGAGGUGAUGCUCAAACCCAGAUGUGGAGUUCCUGAUGUUGGUCAGUUCAGUACCUUUCCUGGCACGCCAAAGUGGGGGAAAACCCAUCUUACUUACAGGAUUGUGAAUUAUACCCAGGAUUUGCCAAGAGAUGCUGUUGAUUCUGACAUUGAGAAAGCUCUGAAAGUCUGGGCAGAUGUGACUCCACUUACAUUCUCCAGGAUUUAUGAAGGAGAGGCUGACAUAAUGAUCACUUUUGCAGUUCGAGACCAUGGAGACUUUUAUCCUUUUGAUGGACCUGGAAAAGUUUUGGCUCAUGCCUUUCCACCUGGGUGGGGCAUGAAUGGAGAUGCUCACUUUGAUGAUGAUGAACGUUGGACAAAGGAUACAUCAGGGAUCAAUUUAUUCCUCGUUGCUGCUCAUGAACUUGGACAUUCCCUGGGUCUCGAUCACUCCACCAACACUAAAGCUUUGAUGUACCCAAUCUACAGAAAAGACUUAGCCCUGUUCCCCCUUUCUCAAGAUGAUGUGACUGGCAUUCAGUCCCUCUAUGGACCUCCUCCUGCCUCCCCUGAUGACCCCGUGGUGCCCACGGAUUCGGUGCCUCCAGGACCUGGAACGCUAGCCAUGUGCGAUCCUGCUUUGUCCUUUGAUGCAAUCAGCACUCUGAGGGGAGAAAUCCUGUUCUUUAAAGACAGAUAUUUUUGGCGCAAAACCUUCAGGACAUCUGUACCUGAAUUUCAUCCAAUCUCUUCGUUUUGGCCAUCUCUUCCUUCAGACAUAGAUGCUGCAUACGAAGUUACUAGCAAAGAUACUGUUUUCAUUUUUAAAGGAGACAAGUUCUGGGCCAUCAGAGGAAAUGAGGAGAAAGCAGGUUACCCAAGAAGCAUCCACUCCCUGGGUUUUCCUCCAACAGUAAGGAAAAUAGAUGCAGCCAUUUCUGAUAAGGAAAAGAAGAAAACAUACUUCUUCGUAGAGGACAAAUACUGGAGAUUUGAUGAAAGGAGACAGUCCAUGGAGCCAGGCUAUCCCAAGCAAAUAGCAGAAGACUUUCCAGGGGUUGACUCAAAGGUUGAUGCUGUUUUUGAAUCAUUUGGGUUUUUCUAUUUCUUCAGUGGACCUUCACAGUUUGAGUUUGACCCAAAUGCAAAGAAAGUGACACAUGUUUUGAAGAGUAACAGUUGGUUUAAUUGUUAGGAGAGAUGCUUAGCAGGCACAAUAUGGGCAUUUUAAACGACGCUAAUAAUUCUGCACCUAAGUCUUUGUGAAUUGAAAGUUCCUUUUCUCCUGCGUGUGCAGUGACUUGAGAACGCGAGUGUGAGCUGUGUGCUUUGCCAAUCAGCUUCACAUAUUGCAGGGCAUUCAGAUGGGCUGCUGACCUUGCACUUUGGUCACAUGGAGUAGCCUUCCAUAGGAGGAGGGAAAACACUCAUGUGCCACAGACAAGUGACUGUAUAUAGACUAUUUGCUUGUUAUUUAAUAAAGAAGGUUUGUCAGUUAUUUUA